AUGAGGGAACGUAGUGCCAUGUAUUUCGCACUGAUGUUUAGGCUCGAAUUAUUACUAAACAGAGAAGUUAAAGGUCGUCAUUCGAAUAAUGAACAUCAGACAAAUGAUUAUUGUUCUCAAGGAUUUAAAUGUCAAGAUUCAAAGGAAAUAGACUGGAUUUCAAUUCAAAUGAUACCAGAUGAAGAAAUGGAUCCAUUUAGUUCCAAAGAUAGUUUGAAAGUGAAGACAUUUGAAAUUUCUGUCAACAUUUUGAUAAAGAGACAGACUAAGGGGAGACAACUCAAUUUAAUCAAAGAAUUGAGUGCACCAAUUGCUCAAGUCUGA